GAAAAACUUCUUUAAGCCCUUAAAUAUUUUUUUUUUAUGCUAUGAACUCGCUCGCUCUAGUCAAUCCGAUACGACCUUUCAUCACCGGUGGCCACGCACGUUCGCACGGCGGCGGAGGGCGAGAUUGCUGUUUUCACGGCGGCGUUGAUGUUGCAGAAAGGCUUCGCUCUUUAUGUUCACUCUUUCUAAUCUCACUUCAAAAAAAAUUCACUCUUUAUGGCGCGAGGUUUAAUCCUAUCAUCAUCAACAACACUCACUGCAAAUUCUCUAUUCACUUCUUUCUCCAAAACCCCAUUAAAAAGUUUCAAGUUUUCACCCUUUUCUCACCUGCAUCAUCAUCAUCACUAUCUUCCAAAAUCUUCCUCAAUUCCAUUAUCAUGUUGCUGCUUCUCCGUUUGUUGUUCUUCUCAACAAUGCUCAAUCGAUAUGUCCAAAUACAGACAAGCAUUUUCAAACAGAAUGGAUAUGGCUGGAAUCAAACCUCACCAUAGAAUUGCUUUGGGAGUCUCUGGUGGCCCUGACAGUAUGGCACUCUGUGUUUUAACUGCUGGAUGGAAAACUACUGGUGUUAACUCUGUUGGCACUGACAGUAGUGGUUUCAUUGACGGUCUGUUGGCGAUAAUCGUUGAUCAUGGACUACGUGCAGAGAGCAAAGAGGAGGCCAAUGUUGUUUGUAAACGUGUUUCUGAAAUGGGAAUCAGAUGUGAGAUUACCAGCUGUGAUUGGCCAAGUGGCAAGCCAAAGCAGGGUCAAUUGCAAGAAGCUGCUCGUGAAAAGAGGUAUCAAGUCUUUCAUGAUGUUUGUGCCAAACACCAGAUUGGAGUGUUGUUUAUUGCACAUCAUGCGGAUGACCAGGCUGAGUUAUUUAUUUUAAGGCUUUCUCGAAAUAGUGGUGUGCUUGGACUUGCAGGCACACCUUUCACCUCCCAGAUUUUCCCUAUGCAAACACGUUCCUACUGUGAAGUUCCGGAAAAUCAAGGCAUCCUUCUUGUGCGGCCUCUUCUGGAUUUUUCAAAGGAAGACAUGUACAAGAUAUGCCAAGGAGGUACUGAAGAGUGGGUAGAAGACCCAACAAAUCAAAGUCCGUUAUUCACACGUAAUAGGAUACGGAUGGCACUUAAUCCCUUGUCAUCUUCAUUCAAGUCUGAACUCCAGAGAGUGAUUUCUGCAUGUCGAAAAACACGUGCAUAUGUUGAUCAAGUUUGCCAUAACCUGAUACAUCAUUCUGUGGUUAUUAAUGAUCAUGGAUACGCCGUUAUUGAUUUACAGAUUCUCUGUGAUUUGAAAAUCGAGGACAUAUGCUUGAUGAAAUUUCUUUCCGUAGUCUUGCAGUUUGUUUCACAAAGACAAAAGCAAAUAAGAGGUAGUGCUUUGAAAUUGCUAAUGGACUACUUACGUACUUUUCCAUGCAAGAAGUCGAUCACUGCCGCGGGUUGUUACCUUUGUCCGGAACCUGGUUCUAGAGGGUCCAGAGUACUGGUUUGCUGUUCUGUUGACUUUGCUUCAUCUUUAAAGAUGGAAUUUUUCGAGACACACUCUUUCAGACAACAAGAGUAUUGUGUUGCCGAUGAGUUGGGAAAGAUUGUCGAGGAUGAAAAAUCAUAUCCAAAUCAUUUUGUUCAAGAUGCAUCAAAUGUCCACUUUUUGGAUGUGAAUCCUGAGUCUGUUCUUGACGAAGCUAAAAGACUAAACAUAAUCAGCGAAUCAACCUACAGUAGCAUUCUCGUACUGCAGAAGCAAGAAACAGAUCGCUUCAGAUCUAAAGUUGGAGCCAUUUCUGACCUAGCAUCAAAGCAGAAAGUUGAAAUCUCUACCACUUUUGGCAAAUUGCUUCAGCCAGGGCAGUGCUGUUACUUCAUGGAUCGAUUCAUUCUAACAUGGAAGUUGAAUGAUAAAAUGGAUAGAGACGUAGUUUCUGAUUUAGUUGAUUAUGACAUAGAUUUUAGCGAGGACGCCCAGAACUUUUAUUGCUCGUCAUGUGUAGUUCAUCAUGAUAACGUUCUUGAAGUGCGGUACAUGAUUGAAUCUGAUUGGCUGUAUCUUGCCGAAUUAUCCAAGUAUCCUCUUUCCGGAAACUUCACAGAAUAUGAGGUUAUGUCGGCAAAUGGAAACACGCAGAUGAUAGAGAAAACAGUUCCAUAUUUGAACUAUGCCAGCGUAUCAGCAACAAAGGCUCUAGUUUUGUUAAAAUCUAUCCCAGUUGCUGCAAGGAGAAGCUUGCCUGUUCUGAUCAAUCAACAAGGAAAAUUAAUAAGCAUUCCAAGUGUCAAAUUCAGGCAUUGCCCUUGCUUGAUGGUACAUGUGGAAUUUAAGCCGAAAAUUCCACUCGAGGGAGGUCAUAGCUCAUUCAUAUAGAAAAAAAAUAGAGACAUAACACUAAAUAUCAUGAUUGCAAGGAUAUUUUGGUGGUUGGUUCCCAAGUUCUAAGUGAAAGAAAUUGUCGAAACUAUCCUUGAUGCCACACAUUUCAAGUCAAUCAAAAAGGGCACGUCAAAAUGGAACAAUGACCUAGCCGCAGCCACCUGUCGCCACAAAAUGCCAGUAACACAUGAGCUUAUUAAUUUCUAUACACUGAUUCAGUUCCCUUGGAACCUCGUGUCAAGGACUACACAAAGAUAAACAUAGAUACAGGCUGUUUUGAUGAGAGUUUUAUGUGCUGGGGACUGGUUGCGUGUAAUUUUGAAGGUAAAGAGAAUGCUGCAGCCACUUUGAGAGAAAACUCAAAACCUCACCUUUAGUGGCUGAAACAAUGGGACUGAGAUGGUGUCUUAAGUGGAUUAAAGUGCUAAAUUUGCAGAACACUGGUGGAAAUGGAUUCUGAGCUAGUUGGUAAAAUUUGUUUAUAGAGUUUUAUCUCUUGUGGAAAUUUACUUCAUUGUUGAUGAUUGUAUGUCUUUAUUGUCUAGUUUAAUUAACCUAAAAUGUGUUUAGGUUAUUGUUAAAAGAGGCAAAAAUAGAGUAGCUCAUGGCCUUGUAGGUUUGGCUAGAAAUGUAGGAACUAUAGCUGCUUCUAUCAUUUGUAAUUAUCUUUCUUUUCAAUGAAUGAGAAGUUUUCAUGUAAAAAAAAGGUAUUUUGGAA